UGUGUCUGUCCCAUCCCCCCGCAGAUGUUAUCUCUCACUCAGCAGUGUAAAUACUAACUCGUGAUCGUCUCACACCCGAUCCUCAGACCGACGUCAAGACUCUACUCUGUAAUAAUAAACUCAUGUCCUAUAUGAUAGAAUGGUAUAGUUCUCAUCCGGCUGUGACUGCGUCGUUGCGGACGGUUUGAGUCGAAAUUGACUGUUCUAUACGGUAACUCCAUCAGAGCAGCUACCAUAAUGGAAAAGAAAGACAGAUUCAUCCCACUGCGCUUUUCAGUUGUCUGUAUGGUCACACUGACAGUGAGCUUAUGUGUGCCGCCGUUAGCUGCCAAUAGUGUUAACCUGACUGUAUCACCUCAAGAUAUGACUAUUGAACAUGGCACACCAGAUGAAUUCUUUCUGAGGUCAAACAUUAACUUGAAUGAAACGGCACUCGUCAACCUUUACAGUACAAACUAUUCUAUUGCAGCUACUGAAGAACAAGUCGAGUUACCACCAAAUGACACAUCUACUAAAGUCAGAGUAAACAUUCUCACUAAUUCAAGCUCACAAGUAGGAAAGGCUAUAAUCACUUUGAACUCUACAACUACACAACUUGGAAAUUUGUCUAGUGUGUUUGUACGGAUACAGGUGGUUGACAGCCUUGCCCUUAAUGUUGUUAUCAUUGUUGUCGGAUGGAUUUAUUUUGCUGCAUGGACUGUCUCCUUCUACCCUCAAGUACUUCUUAAUCACAAAAGAAAAAGUGUAAAAGGGCUCAAUUUUGAUUUUUUGACAUACAACCUUAUUGGCUUCACUGCAUAUGGCAUCUUCAAUGUUGGGAUGUUUUGGAUCCCACAAGUUAAGGAAGAAUACCAUAGAAAAAACCCAUUUGGGGUGAAUCCAGUAUUACUGAAUGAUGUUGUGUUUACUCUCCAUGCCAUUGCAAUAACAGCGGUCACAAUCUUCCAGUGCCUUAUUUAUGAUAGAGGUGGCCAGCGAGUGUCAGUGGUGUGUAAAGUAUUAUGUGCCGUGGCAGGGUUGUUUACAGUCAUCACUCUCAUCAUCACAGUUGCAUCUGGUGAAAAGCUCAUAUCAUGGCUGAUGUUCCUCUACUAUUUUUCUUACAUCAAGCUUGUUGUUUCAAUCAUCAAAUACGUACCUCAGGCAUGGAUGAACUACAAAAGAAAAAGCACUUAUGGCUGGAGUAUAGGUAAUGUGUUACUAGACUUCACUGGUGGUUCCUUCAGCCUGGUGCAGAUGUUUUUGUUGGCCUACAACAACAAUGACUGGAGUUCUAUUUUUGGUGAUCCUACAAAGUUUGGCUUGGGCUUCUUUUCCAUUCUGUUUGACGUGCUGUUCAUUGUUCAACACUACAUUCUGUAUCGAGGCAACACUCCCGAUUCUGAAGAAUCUGAAGAUGAUAAAGACAAGGGUACUGAGAAAGAAAAUCUUGUAAAGGGUGUAAAUAAUUCAAAUUAAUAUAAUUUUAUUUGGUUAAGGAUUAUGUAAGAUUAUAAGACAUUUGACUUAGUAGGGAAAUCUAAGUAAGUUUCUCAAUUUAAUUUUAAUACCUUUUAUCGUUUGAAGAAAAUCAUUCAACUAGAUUUAUUUCAAUAAUUAUAUAACAAAUUUGAUGUUCCGUUCACCAUUAUUCGUUCCGUUCACCAUUUAUUUUUCGAUCCAUCCAGAGUAAAAACAUCACUGCGUGCGCGUGUCGUUGGUAACGCAGCAAUGUUACUGCAAGCAUAGAUAUAUGAUAUAAUACCAAGGUAUUUUGGUUACUUUUGAUGUUUCAUCACUGUAUACUAACAUACCCCACCAUGAAGGCAUGAGU